AGAGCUAAGUUGCUAGUUAGCAUGCUAAUGCUGCUACGAAUAGCAGAGGAGUCGAGGGAACACGGAGACUGAAAGCAGGCGGUUGUUCUAGAUUUCAGCUGAUGACAGCAGGAGCACCACACCUUUUGUUAUGUGCAGUCUUUUCCGUGAGCAUGUCAGGGAACGCAGCAUAACACAAGUCCGUAUUAGAGCUAAGGCGCUGGCAGUUUGUGACUGAAGCUCGGGUUGUUAUUCAUUCUCUUUUAUUAGUUCAAUAAAUGUUGUAGAAGAAGGAGACGUUGCUGAAUCCUCUCCAUCAGAGAGGCACAGGUCGACACAGCGAUGGCCACUGACAUCUAUGAGACCAUAUCCAUGGCCAAGCAAGAACGCCACAAAACCCUGUUUUUAAACUACAGAAACCUAAAAAUGUUCCCAGUGGAACUACUGAAAGAUGAAGGUCUGCAGUUUCUGGAGAGACUUUACAUGAAGAGGAACUCUCUCACAACGCUGCCUGACAAUCUUGCACAGAAGCUGCCCAACCUAAUUGAACUGUAUUUGCACUCAAACAACAUAGUCAUUAUUCCUGAAGCUAUCGGAAACCUGGCCAGACUCCAGUCCUUGGAUCUGAGCAACAACGCUCUGCAGCUUCUCUGCCCAGAGAUCGGACGACUGAGGUCACUGCGGCAUCUGAGGUUGUCCAACAACCAGCUGAAAUGUCUCCCUCCAGCGAUUGGUGAUCUGCUGGAGUUGGAGACACUGGACGUGUCCAUGAAUCAGCUGAUGUCUCUGCCUGAGCGGCUGCAUCGCUGCCUGUCUCUGCAGAGCUUGACGGCAGAUCACAACCUGCUCAGCCACAUUCCACGACAGCUCUGCUGUCUCCAUCGCCUCAACCAGCUGUCAAUGGCUGCCAACCAGCUGACCUUCUUACCACUGGAUCUUGGCAGGUCACGAGAGCUGCAGUUUGUGUUUGUGGACAACAACUUGGAACUGAGGGGUCUCCCGUCCUACUUAUACAACAAGGUCAUCGGCUGCAGCGGGUGUGGUGUGUCUUCACAAGUGCUGGAUCCUGGUAACCUGGUGGAGGUGCCUGGUGAUGCCAUCAGUCAGACUCUGGCUGGUCUACCAGCACAGGUGAAGGUGGUUGGCACAGAGGCAGACAACGUGGUUCCUCUGGAGGAGCUGACCAUGAGAACACUGCACCGCCUCUACCACCACAGACCAACAGAUCUGAACCUGCCGCCUCCCAUCACUCUCCCUAAGAGUCUGUUGGACCUUCUAGAGUUCCCUCUGGGCCACUGUCAUCGCUGCAGUCAGUCCAUGUUCACCAUCACGUACCCCAAACUCUUCCCUCUCCGUGACACCGUCCUGGCAGGCGUGCACCGAAGAACAACUGUAAGUUUUGUGGCUUACUGCUGCUCCAGUCACUGCCUUCGGACUUUUGACCUUCAGGGUUGACACGUCUCUGUUGUUCUACGACCUGUGUGUGUUCUAAGAAGCAGUUGAAUUGUUGGACGCUAAUAAGUCAGAGAUUUGCACUUUGCAGCAGAAAUAUGGUUCUGUUGUGGAAGAAAACCAAGAACUGAAACAGAAAAGAAACAUUUCCAAACAAUGUGGACAAAAGAACCAAACGUACAGUGAGACUUGUGUGUGUGUGUAUGAGAUGAUGGUCAACUUAUGAACAACUGUGUGAUUGAAUUUUUCAAUGAAGUCUGUCUAAAGUAACAACACGGGCCCUUUAACAAAUGGUACUUUUAAUAAACUGAAGUGUAUUUUUCAUAUCAUUUUACAUUUUUACAAAGCGGACACAUUAAUGAAUGCGUUGGAGCAUCAUCUACAGUACAUUGACCAGGUGAUAACACUUGUUAUAUGAAUGUAAUUUAUGAAGCCACUAAUAAAUGUAAUUUGCAGAGUUUUAUUUAAGGGAUGUAUGCUUGGGGUAAUGGUAAGUGUGAUUUCAGUUAGCUUUAAAAACUGAUGGUUGUGAUUUAAAGUCACAGAUUUGGUCUUCUGAACCUCUGAAGACUGAGUUUUUUUCCAAAGACAAUUUUUUUUGUCUCAGGGUGAGCUCUAGUUUUAGAACUGACCAUAAGUUGCUGCUUCAUACAACAAGUUCAUACAAUCCAUAAAAGAACCAUUCUCUGAUAAUGAGCAUCUGCAGCAGAGAAAAACCUAAUCCAUUUAAACGGUAUCAACUCGUUGUAUUCUUGAGUAUUUUCACGUAGACUGCAAUAUACUUUAAUUAAUUGAAAUAUUUUAUUUAUGUAAUACUCGUAUUAUAUCGUGCCAAAUUGUCAGGAACCGACACAGUACGAUUUAAAAUUCCCUGUCGCCAAAUAUAGAAAAUAGGUGUUUGUUUUUGUUUCCUGCAGUCACUGUGUCUCUGUUGGUCGAAUGCGUGUGUUAAUGUUCAUUACUGUGUUGAACAGUUGUAAAUUUUAAUUUGUUUGAAGUAAAUAAUAAAUGAGUUUGACUCUUGA